GGAGGGGAGAACAUUCCUUUCCACCUUGCUGCCGCUGUUCUGAUUGCACUGGCAGGCCUUUUCAGCCAGCAGCAACCAGGCAGAGCCGGCUGGCUGGGUGCAAUCCGGGAGGCUGUUGUAAUAACAGAGAGAACAGAAAGCACAGGGAAGAGCUGGCAGCUGUAUAAAGCUCCCCCAAGCUCUGAUCCCCGCAGAAGUGCUCUGGCCCAGCAACCAGCAUGACCAGCCAGUCUCAGGGAAUCCAGCAGCUUUUGCAGGCAGAAAAACGUGCCAAAGACAAAGUGGAAGAAGCCAAAAAAAGAAAGGGAAAGAGGCUGAAGCAGGCCAAAGAAGAAGCCAUAGCUGAGAUAGACCACUACCGGUUACAGAGGGAGAAGGAAUUUAGGAAUAAGCAAACAAACGUAAUGGGCUCCCAAGGUAACCUCUCUGCUAAAAUAGAAGAGCAAACAACAGAAACCAUCCGAAACCUCACUAGCAGCUACCACAAGAACAUGGAGAGCAUGAUGAAAAAGCUUUUGAAUACAAUAUGUGACAUCAACCCUGAAGUUCACCCAAACUUCAGACACGCAGUUUAACAUUCAUUGAUGUACUAAGGAAAGAUGUUUGUAAGAAGUAGCCUUCUUUCUUGAUAAGGAUGUUUCCUCAUUUAUUGUUUCUGUAUGUGUGAGAAAAAAAGAACACUAAAGUCAAAAGCACACCGUUCUACAUAAGCUUUUGAUGUGACAAGAAUUACACAGGGUUUCACAAGCAUUUGUUGGAACAUAGUUUCCUGUUGGUAGCUCAGCCCUUGUCAUUUAGACGGGGGCAAGUCAGACACAGCAGAAUAAAUUACUAUUUGACACCA